GAGAUGCUAUCUUUGAAAACUUUAGUUGCGCCCUGUUCCUCGGAGGGUACACAUCUGUUACAUUAAACAACGGGUUUCUGUAUCAAACACGACAAUAGUGCUCAGAGAAUUGUGCUAACACAAGAGUCGCCAUCACAUGCUUUGUAAAGUGCAGGUAGAUGUGGACACUGGUGUAGGAUGUUUAAACAUAACUCGCAUUGUCAACCUAUCGGUUAUAACACGAGCAUUGGUGUAUAGAACACCAGGCAGAGAGCACCAGGUACUUGGGCGAGGGUGCUAGAGAGCUGUGUUGUGGCGGGGUUAAGAAUGAGGACGACAGGCAUCAGGUCUGUGCCCAUCCCUACGCCCCGUACGCAGGUGGGUGCUGGAGGCCCACCUCAGCCCUUGCCCAGGACCAAGUUCUACACUAGCACUGCUCCUACAGUCAACCCACCCCACCAACCUGCCUUCCCCAAACAACACGUCGCUCACAGCUCCAACAAAGACAAGAAUGUAACACUGAAGGUAAUUUAUGAACACAGUCCGCCGCUGAAACAAGAUGAAAGAGCUGAGGUUUCUCAGCCAAGUAAAUCUAAGAACGAGGACGAGUCGGAUCUUUCGGCACAAACUUCAAUAAAUACGUCUGAGUUAGCUACAAGCCGUAGCUCAGCACCUAGAACACCAGCUAGAUGUGCUCCACCAAAACCACCCAGAACUUUCAAUCAUCAAGUAAAUCCUACACAAGACACUACACAUCGUAAUAAAAUAACUGUGAUCUCAAACCGCAAGAUUCCAGACCUACCCAAAUCAACACCUAUCCCGUCUCGCCCAAAACUUAUAGACAUUCUUUACAGACCUAGUCCUUCCCAGAAGGCGGUUUGUGACUCGAAGUUUACUGUCCCUCGAAAUUCUAACUCAGAUCCGAGCCAGGCUGAGACAACAGUGUCCUUACUGAGUACGGAGCGCGAGGGCGCCCUAGGCAACGUGAGAAAUCAAGUGGCUCCAGCCUCCUUGACGUCUAAGGAUGGUCAAGUAUAUGCUACCACUUUACGGGCAGCAGCUGGUAAGACACGGACGUCACAGUCAAGUAUAACAGAGUGUGGUGGUGGACGUGGCGCUACACAGAUAAACAGUUCACAGGGUGUUGAUACGAGACUCCCUAAACACAGAGUGCCUAACAACCGCAAUGUCCCCUUCCCUCCUCCACCUUCAGUACCGCCACCCAGUGUUCCUUCCACUGCUACUUCGAGUCCAAUUGUUCAGCCAGGAAUGUCGUCACGUCCAGAAGUACCCGCGCGUCCAACCGUUGCACAAGUAGCUGCGAUUCAGAAAAGAAAGAAAGACGGGUGGCCAAAAAACUGGAUGAGUGAUCCUUUGAGGAUCUCCUCCAGGUCUCGAGGAACGUCCAUUGGCCCUGCUUCUACCGCCAGAGCUGUCGACCAAGACCCCGUGUACACGCCCGAAGACUUCGAGGACAAUUGCAAGGAAGUCUUCAAAUGUAUUAAAGUCGCAAAGGAUCAUAUGAUUAAAGGACGGUAUUUUCAGGCAGCAAGUGUGUUCCAAGCGGCGCUGACGGCGAUCGACCGGGUACUGAAGGCACAGGUGUUGAGCAUCGUCAAUGAUGAACACACCAGGCAGAGGUUCUUCCACCUGCAGCAAGAGGUGUUCAUUGCCAGGAAGGAGACUCUGAACGGGUUCAGCGAUGCUCAGGCAGCGGCGAGGCCCAUUGGGGAGGUGUCCACCAGCGCCCAGGCUCCAGGGGCGCCGCCCUCAUAUGACGACGUUCUCAGGGAAGACCUCUCACUCUCACGAGAUGAGUCGUCAGGGGCGCCAUCAAGACUACCAUCUCAACCAGAGCCAGCGGCCGUGGGUCAGAGAACAGUGCAGGGAAAUCGAGGAAGACUAAGACGGAGUGCCAGAUCGCUUACUGUUGACGUUACGUCUCGACCAGGCCCUCCACUGCUUCCCCAGCCGGCCAGAUCUUCUUGCGCCACGUCCUCUUCCCUACAGACACGUCAGGCUGGAGUGGAGGUCCUGGUAGACACUUCAGCGGACCCACCUCACCCUCCUCCCUCGUCACAUACAGCGCCUGUCAACCUCACCUUCCAGCCCCUGGUUCCAACCCAAGUAUCGCCUCCAAGACCCAAGUCCAUCAUUCCCUCCCUAGAGAAGCCUAUUCCAGAAACCUCUCCUAGACAACCUGAAGACACAACCUCUUGUCCGGGGUCCUCUCACACCCCCACCAAAACACCAGUUCCAAAACCAAGAACUUCCAGUAAAACAAGCGAACCACCUGUUGUUGAAUCAGGUUCGCCGCCGCCACUUGACGAAGCUAUCUUUUAUCAGGCACAAGCUAUAAAAAAGAUUGAAGAGCAACGAAAAACUGAAGGCUCAAUGGCGGCUGUGGUAGCCGCAACAGCAGAGCCUACAGUCAACGAGGUAGCAGCAGAGAACAGCUCACCAAGUCUAGAAAUACCUAGCAGAUCAUAUUUGAUAACAGGUUCAAAUUGGAGCCAACUUGAUAAUAGUCCAAAAAUCAAUGUAAAAGAUUGUAGAGUUGUUGAAGACGGCGGAGACAAAACUUUGCCCUCGGGUGAAGCUGCUGCCUCUGCUCAGAGAGCCCCAGGUUCCAUAACAUCACAAUCUUUUACCUCUCACAGCUUUAGUAUUAGUGAUCCAUUCACGAAUACAGACCCAUUUUCCCAAGUUGAUACUAACACAAUAAAGAGUGAUUCUGUCUUUUCAGACGAUUACCAGUCACCUUCAAUGUUGGUAUUUAAUAACAUUAACUCGGUCAGUAAAACAGAUACAUGUAAAGUGCCUGUAACAACACCUGCAGAUGCAGGUGUUCUGCGACCAUCUGGUGAAGCUGGCUUUGAAGGUUAUGCCACGCCUCUUGGUGUCAAGCAGGUAAACCGGACCUGUACAGGUUCUCCCCAAGAUGACCGUGGGACACCAGUUCUUGCAGGGGGGAGUUCUAUACUCGAGGCGCUAGAUGUUGCAAUCUGUCGAACUCCAAGCCAUAGGAAAGUUACACCUCAGAACUCCAAGGGUUCCAUACAUUCACGCUCCUACUCUCAAGACACUUUAUUGGAUUGUUCAUAUGGGGCUCUGAAUAAUUAUAUAGAGUCUUCCAAAGGUAUAUGUGCGAGUCGAGCAUCAAUUAUAGAAGAAUUCGAUCCGCUCUUGUCCAGCUCUUAUGAUAACAAGAGUCCAGUUGUGUCUGCUGACCACAAGAAAAACAAAAUUCGUCAUGUUGAAACACAUGUGAAAGAAACUGAAGUGGAUGUUGUGACAGAGCACAGGGUCUAUGAAAACAGUGAGGUAUUCUUGCCUGAGAGAUUCAGCGAGGAAGGAGCAAUGGCCGCCGCUGCAGACUUGUACUACAGUACAAGGGGUGGGGGCGUACCGUAUGAUCUCAACGAGAAAACAGGAUUGAGGGGCUUGCCUGCUGACAUUCCCUGCAACAGCACUGGAGUGGGGGGCUUGCCAUUUGACCCCCUCUACAACAACACUGGAGUGCGGGACUUGUCUGGUGACCCUCCCUGCCACAAUACUGGAAUACAAGACGUGUCUGCUAACCUGUACGACAGUAAGGGACCAUCUCCUGACUCUCCUAACGCGAUAGGCACCAGGUCAUCCGUCUCCUCUUCCACGGGUUCUUGUGUAUCGUGGCCACCUGAGCGUGUCAAGAAUGCGUCGUGGUCGCCCCAGCCACUCACCCCGCCGUCAGCAGACACUUCAGGAGAUGACAGUACACGGAUGCCAUGGAGCUCUGAAACAGGGGAGCCGCAGGAAACCGGUGUGGGGCGCUCAGCCUUCUAUCGUCCUCUUGCCACUCAGAAGGUGUGUGUUGAUGGACGGGGGGAGAACCGGGGCGGAACGGGCAGUGAGGCCGGGCUCAGAGACCUCCUAAAGAUCACUGAGGGAGUCAAAAUCUUUUUCAUCUACACUGACGGGGUCGUCACCUCGCCCUGGAACAAGCCAUUCCUCGCUGCAUCCAAAGACACCAGCAUGGCGUGGUACGUGGGGGAGGGUGUGGUGCUCAGGGUCGGCAGCAAGCUGUGGUCGUGUCAGCUCCACAGCAAGUCCACCCUCGUCUUGAGGACCUUGUCUGGCACUUACAUCUUUAAAGACGUUGCUGGCAAGCAUAACUGCCAGGCGGUGGGGAUACAGGUGCCAAGCAAAGUGAGGAAGACCCAGCACCAGCUGCUGAGUAAUAUCCUACGGGAGAACACGCUCCUGGAGGACGAGCGACCCACCGGACUCACCAAGGCCAUCUCCAAGGGAGCAUCCUCGGCAGCAUCCCGGGUCAACCAGUUUGUUAACGACAAGUCCAGGACCACCAACACGGCCUUCAUCAGGCAAAACUCCAUCAGAGCCUUGAGAGGCAUGUCUAGAGGUCUGAAGACCCUGGCAGAACGAACAGGGAGCACCAUGCCAGAGCUGCCACCAGAGUACCAAGAACUGCAAGAGGCUGCCAAUGUUCUUCAGUUCUCUCGCACUGCUAAGGCAGUUCAGUACAUCUAAUUUCAAGUUCAGAGUGACCAUUGAUCUAUUAAAGAAAUUACAAUUUUUAUUCUGUCCUGGUAUUAAUGUUGUCAUCCACCUUUAUAUUAUGCUCACAGUGUUAGAAACAUAAUAAUGAUUGGAAAAACAGCCCUUAUAACUAGAUAUUUAUGCAUUAUGCCUGUUUUAUGGUACAUUAAUGAACAAAAUAUUGCUCUCUCCCUCACCUCAUCAAAGUAGAAAAUUAGCCAAUACUGUAAUUAUGAUUGAAGCUCAAUAGUUAACAUGUUAUUUCUUUGCAAUAAUAGGCAAAACAAAUUAGAUAUAAUAAUGUGUAUACUCUGUAUAAUGAUUACAAUCAUGACCAUGUACUCGUUACAAUGAUCUACCUGUUGUCAAAUAUUAACAAUAUCUAAAAUAUUAAUGAUUUUCCACACAAUUAUGUAAACUUCAUUUACUUCUUAAUAGUAAUUAAAACUUAUCAUAAUUUCUUUUAGUGA